AUUCUAUAGAAAUGUCUAAUUUAGCUGUAACAGAUUAUGAAAACUUUGCAAAUAAUAAAAUGCCAAAUCUCGGUUAUGAGAUUGAAGAUUUCCAGCAUUACACGUGGCAAAUCACUGGUUGGGGAAAUCUGGACGAGCGGGUGAGAAGUCCUGGAUUUAUUGCUGGAGGUUGUAGAUGGCGUAUUUUGCUUUAUCCUUUUGGAAAUAAUAAUUAUACUGAUUAUGUAUCAAUGUACCUGGAAUCUGAACCUCAUGGAGCAUCUUAUCAUUGGCAUUCCUGUGCACAGUUUACUUUUACCUUAUGGAAUUCAGAAGAUCCAACAUUAUAUGUUUAUAACACUACACAACACCGUUUUAAUGCUGAAGGAUUGAACUUGGGAUAUCCAAAGUUUUGCGAACAGCGUGAUUUGUUUGUUCCAAUGAAAAACCAAAUUCGUCCUCUAAUCGAAAAUGAUUCGUGCAAUAUCACAGUUUUCGUUCGUGUUAUUAAGGACCCAACUGGCUAUCUCUGGCAUAAUUUUAAAAAUUAUGACUCAAAACGAGAAACUGGUUGUAUUGUCCUAAAAAAUGAGGGAACAACUGGAUAUAUGAAUGCUUCGCUACAAUUGUUAUUCAACAUGACUAGUUUUCGUAAGGCAGUGUACCAAAUCCCUACGGAUUCUGACAAACCAGAUGAAAGCGUUCAAUUUGCUCUACAAAAUAUUUUUUAUCAAAUGCAAACAUCAAAUACCCCAGUUAGAGCAACAGAAUUAAUGAAAUCUUUUGGAUGGGAUUCAUUAAACUCUUUUAUGCAGCACGAUGCUCAUGAGUUUAACAAAGCAUUACAAAACAAUUUAGAAAGUAAAAUGAAGGAUACAAAUGCAAUUUCCGCACUCUUUGCUGAAAAAAUAAAGAGUCAUAUUAAAUGUAUUGACGUAGACUAUGAGUCAUAUUGUGUUGAAGAUUACUAUGAUAUUCAACUUAAUGUGAAAGGGUGCAAGAAUUUGGAUGAAUCUUUCAUGGAUUAUAUAAAAGAGGAAAUUUUAGAAGGAAAUAAUAAGUAUAAUGCUGAUGGCUACGGACUACAA